AUGAGUAUUAUAACUUUUAGUAAAUGUCGUAUUCAAUUUAUUCCAAAUGAUAGACAACGCCCUGAACGUAAUUAUUCAGAUAGAACAUUAAUUGAAUUGAGACAAUAUGAUUUUCCUGAUUUUUCAUUACGAGCUGUUGAUGUAGAUAAUAACAACGCAGAAAUCUUUAAUGUUCCAUUUAGACAAUCAGAUCAAUAUAAACGUGGACAAACAGCCAAUCAGCCGGAUGAAAUUCAUACUAAUGCUGGAACUUAUAAAUUAUGGUUGAAUGAUGAUACGCAUCAGAUAUUUCAUGAAACAAUAGAUACAUGUAGCGAAGUACUAACUCCUGGUAGGCCGUCAGGUUUCCAUUUCAACGAAUCAGAUCAAGAUACUGAUGACGGCAAUAACAAUGACAGCAGUGAUAUCUCCGAUGAUGAUAUUCAUAGCAAAUCCGAUACACCUGAUCAACCUGUUGCUUAUCCAAAGGAAUUGCUACUCAAAAUUUCUCGUUUGAGUAAAUGUAUUGAAAUAGGUGCUGGAAUUGCAGCUGCUCAAUUAUCUUCUGAAUUAGCUUCACAAAAUAUUCGACUUCAAGCAAAAUCAUUGAGAACAAUUGAAGAUGAAAAAGAAUUCACAAUUUAUGUUCAACUUGAUGGUAAUGAAUAUGGUAUCGAUCAACAUGGUGGAAAAAUUCCUGUUGAUGUCUUUCGAUUAACAACAGUUCGUGAAUUACGUGCCAUUUUCGAAUCUGCCUAUCAAUAUCCUCCAAGUAAUCAAUAUUUUUUUGUUAAUGGUUAUUUAGCUCAUGAUAAUUUAACAAUGAAAGAUUUAAAUGUUGGACCCAAUUCUUUAUUUGUUUUAUUUGUCUUAACACAUCCAAAAAUAUUUCGAAAUACUGCAAGUGGUCCUUGGGAAUGUUUAAUUUGUAAAAAAAAUAAUGAUCAACAUCAUUUUCGAUGUGUGACAUGUGCAGCAGCACGUACAGACUAA